CGAAUCCGGGUUCGGAUUCGAAGACCCGAUUGGAAAAAGGCGAAAGCUUUGCAAUCAAAAGGAACACUUGGCAUCUGGGGUUUGGAGUUUGAGCAGAGAGCAAGGUUCGAAGCUUCUGGCUCGGCAAUUCCGUGAUGAUUGCCUCUACAUAUGUGACUGGCCUGGGUGCUUGCAUCUGGAGGAGAAGAGGAAGUACAGGCUGUUUCGGGGGGUGUUCGUGGAUUUCAAGGAAACUAGGGUUUGGAAGGCCUUAAAUGAUGGGAAGAACAAGGUUAAGAGGAAGGUUGAUGUUGGUGGUUGUGCUUUCUGUAAGAGUGAGGAGAGUUGGGACCUUCACUCUGCUUUCUGUCUGAGGAGAGUGUUUGGGUUCCAUGAUGAUGGUGAACCCGUUGUCAGGGCUUUUGUUUGUCAGAAUGGUCAUGUUUCUGGUGCUUGGACUGAUGUCCCAAUGUACUCUUGAGAUUACUUUCAUUUCAUGUCCUCUUUUUUUUUUCAUCUUUAAUUAAUCAUCUAUAAUUACGCACAUUAA